AUGUCUCGCUUGCCUCCUGCCGAAAAGCUCCCUCUCGCAUUGCGGAAGAACAUCCGCGAUGAUUGGGAGAACAAGAAAGAAGACCUCCAGAAGCAGCUCUCUGACGUCCUCGGCGCCGAGUGGACGCUCAAGGACAUCAACCCUAACGCGCUUUACCCUUACGCCCAAGACGGUUACGCCAAAGAGUCCUUAGGAAGCUGUAUCGAACAAUACGUAUCUGAGGCAAUCUACAACCUCAAGUCCUUCGCUGAACGAUACGGCGAAGACGGCAAGUCCGAGCUCAACUCAAUCUGCCACGCCCGCUCCCUCGCCAUCGACCUCGACGACCGCCCCAAGGGCGAGCGCGUCUCCUACUGCGGCGUCCUCGUCAAGGAGGGUGGCGUGCUAGCGAUCGUCUUCUCCGAGGGGAAUCUGGGCACCAACAUCAGCUCCGCCGUUGAGACUCAGGGUCUCCUGGCCGCCCUCAACGCUGCGCCGGCGGCCCCGGGGUCCGUUGCGGUGAUGAGUUUCGCCGCGCGCAAUGCCGUGAGGCAGGACUAUGAUCCGCAGAUUGAGGAGACCAGGAUGUCGUUGGCGGAUAUGCUCGAGAGGCCUGAUAUUGCGCUAUGUCCCAACUUUGAGACGAACUUUGAAAAGAUGAAGGCCGCGGCGGCAACGAAGGGGAGCGAGGUGAGGAGUGAUUGGGAGGCGAACUUUGGUCUGUUUACGAGGAUGUACUUUGAGGGGCUUAGGUCUCAGAUGAGGUAUCAAAAGUUUGAUGAUGAUGAUAUGUUGAGGGAGGGGUUUAAUGAGGCUGCUGAGAAGGGGCAGAUUCACUUCCGAAUUGUGGACAAGAUGGCGUAUGCGACAUAUGGGGAGGUUGUGUUGGAGGAUGGGCUUAUUUGUCUUCAGACCCAAGCGCAUAACUUUGGGACGAAUGUCGAUUACGCGGCAGAGAAGCUCUUGGACCAGCUCUAG